AUGCGGGUCGCCAGCCAAGGGGUUGACCGGCCAUCUGUCAACCCCUCGCAUCCAUCAUCCCCUCCAGCUGGCUUGGUGCUGGCGGGACCCUCACAGGCCCAGCCAUCGGCACCCGCCGCUAGAGGUCUACGCCGCAUGCGAUGGACUAUGGAUGCUAACCAAAACGCAUUGCGGGCGUAUUUUAGGGCGAAAGGGGGAGAAACCGGAGGAAUUGCUUACCGAGCUAGAAUGCACCGCUUCUUUUCUGAGCUAGAGCCGUCGAUCACCGUGACGGAACAGAACCUAGCGGAUCGGGUUCGGUACAUCUUACGCUCUAAUCUGUUUGAAGGUGCCGAACUCGAACGACUAAAACAUGAAGCUGUUUCUGCGUCGGAUGCCCCGACCUCUGCCAGGAGAACAGUUCCGCAAACUACGGUGCAACCUCCAGCUGUGGAACCAGCUGAAUGCCUGGCAGAGGUGGAGGACGAAGAGGAGGAAAUGGCUGCCCAGGACAUAGAGCAGAUGAGGAGAAUCUUGGAAGAGGCUAUAGUGGAAACACGUCGAAUGCCUUUCGAAAAUCGACCGCGAUUACCCCGCAUUCCCCUCAGCAAGCGCAAUCGUAAUGUCGUGAGGGCUCUGAACCCGAUGCUGAAUGUGUACCUUGCGGAUAGCCGGGAUCUUUGCGAUACGGACUCAAUCUUGUUUGGCGCCGCGAAGGCCGUAUGCCGAUACAUCGGAGCCAAACUACCAAAGACUGGACGCAGUACGAAUCAUCGUAGCGUAGUACCAGCGUGGCGAAAAAGAAUUGAGGACCGUAUUGCAAAGGCGAGAGCUCUCAUCGGCAGACUGAUUAGCUUCAGAUCGGGCAAUAAUAGACCGAGGAUUGUGCGCUCUGUCAGGAUGGCUUUGGGUGGAACGGAAGUAAGUCUGUCUCACCCGGACAUUGAACGUAAACUGAUGGAGCGCAUAGACGACCUGAAGCAGAGGAUUGCAGCAUGGGGAAAGCGGAUUCGUCGAUACAACGAGAGGACUAAACGGUUCAACCAGAAUCGUCUCUUCCAGAGUGACCAAAAGAGGUUCUAUAAGCAAUUGGAGCGACAAGAAUCGACCAGAGGAACGGGUGCAGGCCCAGAUCAGACCGCUACAGUGGCCUUUUGGCGAAACAUCUGGUCUGUGCCCGUUGACCACAGUGAGGGAUCCUGGAUGCAAGUUGUGGAGGGUACAUGCUCUAAGAUCACACCCAUGGACCCUGUAGCCAUUACGGCUGCGGAUGUAGCACAUGCGUUACGGCGGACCCCUAACUGGAAAAGCCCAGGGCUCGACGGAUUGCAUUGCUACUGGCUCAAAGGAUUCGUGAGUUGUCAUGCUGUGCUCGCCCAACAGUUCCAGGAAGCCCUCGAUAGCAAGUCACUGCCGGACCUCUUCACUAUGGGGGUCACUCACUUGGUUCCUAAAGACCAGAUCACGGCUGAUCCGGCCAAAUACCGCCCUAUAACGUGUCUAUCUACUGUUUAUAAGACACUGACUUCCAUUUUAUGCGAAAAAAUCACUCGGCAUCUAAAUGCGAAUCAGGUGAUUUCGGAUGCCCAAAAUGGAUGUAGGGGCGGUAGCCGAGGGGCCAAGGAACCACUCCUCAUCGAUGCGGUUAUUGGUAAACUGGUGAAGCGCAACCGUCGCAACCUUGACGCUGCUUGGGUUGACUAUAAAAAGGCUUUCGACUCGGUGCCCCACUCAUGGCUAAAGAGGGUCCUCGAGCUGUACAAGGUCGACUGUACGGUAAGAGACUUCCUCGGACAUUGUAUGGGCCAAUGGAGUACGACCCUUUGUCUCCUGGGUGAGCGCAUGACGGCUGCCGAAGACCGGAUAAGGAUACGGAGGGGUAUCUUCCAAGGUGAUUGCCUGAGUCCAAUCUGGUUUUGUCUCGCCCUGAAUCCCCUCAGUACUUUGCUGGAGGAUUCUGGCCGGGGCUUUCAACUUCGGAGAGGAGGAGCAAAAGUGACCCACCUUUUCUACAUGGAUGACCUCAAAUUAUUUGCUCCUAAUUAUACCCAACUGCUGGAGUUGCUACAAAUCACUAGUGAUUUUAGUAAUGCCAUCAGGAUGGAGUUUGGGACGGAUAAGUGUGCGGCCGUUCAUGUGGAGAAAGGUGGAAUUACAAGUUCACAGGGCACUGAUAAUCCUCUGAACUUUAGAACCCUUUCUGAGGCUGAAACAUACCGAUACCUGGGCAUGUCACAAAAUGUCGGUGUUGAUGAGGGCAGCGUAAAACAAUCGGUUCGUGAUGUGUUUUUUGAUCGCCUGACAAAAGUUCUUAACAGUCUUUUGUCAGGCGCGAAUAAAGCACGCGCAUAUAACUGUUGGGUCAUGCCCGUCCUCAUGUAUACCUUUGGCAUACUCAGGUGGACUCAAACCGAGCUCGACGCCCUGGACAGAAAAGUCCGCACAGUUAUGACGUCCCACAGGAUGCAUCACCCGAGAUCGUCAAUUAUGAGACUGUACUUACCGCGAAAGCAUGGUGGGCGAGGCCUUUUAAGUGCCCUCACCAUGCAUAAUCGCGAAGUGUGCAGCCUCCGUAGCUACUAUUUGGCGAAAUCGGGUGAUGGAAUCCACACGGAUGUCAUAUCUUGUGAUAAAGGACUAACCCCCCUAUCCUUGGCCAACGAACAAUGGCAGGACCCGGCAGUGCAGAGCGUCUCUGACCGGGAGGCAAUAUGGAAAGAGAAAGAGCUCCACGGGAGGUUCUACAAGGCUCUUCAUGAGCCCUUUGUAGAUACUGUAUCAUCCCACCACUGGCUACGCUUCGGGGACCUUUUCGGGGAAACCGAGGGUUUUGUCUGUGCGAUACAGGAUCAGGUUAUUAAGACCAACAACUAUCGGAGAUACAUCCUAAAGGACGGCACCGUCGACAUUUGUCGAGCAUGUCGCCGUCCCGGUGAGUCACUUAGGCAUGUUAUCUCCGGUUGUUCGGCGCUUUCUAACACUGAGUAUCUGCACAGACACAACUUAGUAGCCCGGAUUGUCCAUCAGGAGCUCGCUCUGAAGUAUGGUCUUCUGGAUGUUAGACUGCCUUAUUAUAAGUACGUCCCGGAAGCCGUGCUCGAAAAUAACCGCGCCAGGCUCUACUGGGACCGGUCCAUCAUCACAGACAGGACUAUUCCAGCGAAUAAGCCUGACAUUGUGCUGAUGGACCGGGCACAGUCAGGGAUAUUUUUGGUAGACAUAGCGAUCCCCCAUGACGAGAAUCUCGAGAAUGCCGCAACAGAGAAGAAAAGAAAAUAUCUAGACUUGGCACACGAGGUUUCUGACAUGUGGGGUAGCUUGUCGACUGAAAUUAUACCGAUAGUGGUUUCUGCAAAUGGUUUAAUUCCAGUCAGCCUCUCUGGAUACUUGAGGAGGCUGGGGCUCCGGGACGGUGUGCUCCGAGCUCAAAUGCAGAAAGCGGGGAUACAUCGAGAUGUGGUGUCAGUAGAUAAGGGGCUCACCCCGCUCUCUCUUAAUAACGAGAACUGGCGUAAACACCCAGUGUUGAGCACCUCCGAGCGUUUAGAUAUAUGGAAGAGCAAGGAGUUACACGGCAGGUUUUAUCGGGCUCUGCAUGGGCCUGAUGUAGACCUGCCUGCCUCUGUGAACUGGCUACGCUUCGGUGACCUCUUUGGGGAGACCGAGGGCUUUGUCUGUGCAAUUAUGGACGAAGUUAUCAAGACGAACAACUACCGGAAGUACAUUAUGAGGGACGGCACGCUAGAUGUCUGUCGUUUGUGCCACUGCCCUGGCGAGUCCCUCAGACAUGUCACUUCCGGUUGUUCUCGCCUUGCUAACUCCGAGUACUUGCACAGACACAACCUAGUAGCCAGAAUAAUCCAUCAACAACUUGCUCUUAAGUAUGGUCUAAUCGCUUCAGAGGUGCCGUACUACAAAUACACACCGGAGCCAGUUCUCGAUGAUGGUCAUAUCACGCUCUACUGGGAUCGAUCUAUUAUCACAGACAGGACUAUUGUAGCCAAUAAGCCUGAUAUCGUGAUAAUAGAUCGAUCUGCGAGACAUACGAUAAUUGUUGACGUAAGUAUUCCCCAUGACUGUAAUCUCGUGAGGGCAGAGACAGACAAGAUGUCAAAAUAUUUGGAUCUCGCGCACGAGAUUGCAGCCAUGUGGCAUAUGGAGUCAACAAUUAUCGUACCGAUAGUGCUGUCCGUGAAUGGAUUAAUCGCGAAGAGCCUCGAUCACCACCUAGAGAGGCUCUCGCUCGGUAAGUGGGUGAAGGGCCAGGCACAGAAGGCGGUACUCCUGAGCACGGCACGCAUUGUGAGGAGGUUUCUGUCUCUGGAGGCCUAA